GGCAACACAGGAGGUUUCGGCGGUUCUCAGGGAGGUUUCGGUGGCAACGCAGGAGGUUUCGGCGGUUCUCAAGGAGGUUUCGGCGGUUCUAGGGGCGGCCACGGAGGUUCAAACGCAGGAUUCGGCGGAAGCACCGGAGGCUUCGGUGGCAACGCGGGUGGCUUCGGCGGUUCUCAGGGAGGUUUCGGCAGCACCGCUGGAGGCUUCAGCUCUUCAAGUGGAGGUUUCAGCAGCGCCAGCGGAGGUUUCGCCAGUGCCAGCGGAGGCUUCAGCAGCUCGAGCGGAGGUUUCAGCAGCUCGAGCGGAGGUUUCGGUGGCGCCAGCGGAGGUGGAAGCGGCGGCAGCGUGGGAGCUUCACCAAGUGGCAGCGGGAGUGUGCCCAUCCCCGCAGUCAUCGGAAGUCCGGUUAGCAACGGCGUUAACGUGGGAUACCAACCCCCACACGCGUAACCAGGCAUGUACUGAAACCAUAUGCUACGAGGAGGAAAAGCAUGUUAGCAAACGUUUCUCAGACUAAAACUACAUUUUGUUUUCUUCUGAGCGAAGCAUGAAACUCUAAAAUAUUUCAUUUGGAAACGUUACAUGUUAUUGCAUUUUUUUUUUCUAAUUAUGACUAUAAUCUGCCUGGGAGACACACACGCAAACAAACAUUUUGAAUGCUAAUGAAACCUUUUCCCUGGAAGACACAAUAACAAACGUUUUUCAAUUCGCUUGAACUGCUUUAAAAUUUUAGUAACAACCAUAACAUGUAAUAAUGUAGUUCAUUAUUCUUUAUAUGAUAAUUUUCCCUUUUUUUCCUAAAACAACCAGAAUCUACCUGGAAUUAUACAUGUAAACAAACUUUUUUUAGCUCAUAAACAUUCCAUUAACUUUUACAGAUGACACUAGCUACGGUCUCUAUUUAUUUUCUUUGUAACUGUAACUGGUGUUUGUAUCUGCUUCAUUACAAUAAAUUAUUGUUGUAA